UCUUCCUUGUGUUCGAUUCUUCUUCCUCGUCUUUGUUCUUCUUCGGUUCUCCUUCGAUUCUCCUUUGACUUCUGAGGCUAUCUACGCCAAAAACAAUCCUAAUCCCUCCGAUGACCAGAAACAAGCUUUUGUGGUUGUGGGUCGAGCCAUCACUGGCAUAGAAGCAGAACUAAAGGUGCUUUACGGGUCUGGACUCUGGAGCUAGGAAGUUCGCGAGAUGCUGUUGCAGCUCUUGGUUGACCUCUCACGAAGAUGGAUGCAGAUAUUUUGAACCUAAACGAUGAUGACUAUUUGAGUGUGGAAGACAUAAUGGCUGAGAAUGAAGAUGAUCAGAAUGCACAAGCUGAUCAGAAAGCACAAGAUGAUUCUGUCCAGAGUGUUGCUCAUACUAGAGAUUUGGAAUGGUCAAGAGGAGCACUCAUCAGUGAGUUUUUGUCUCCAUUUGUUGAGAUGACAAAACUGGUUUCAGACUCCUCAUACCCUACUGCGAACUUGUACUUUAUGCAAGUGUGGAAAAUAGAAAGUUGGUUGAGAGAUCAUGCGACUUCAGAAGAUGAGUCAAUAUGUGAAAUGGUGCAGAUCAUGAAGCUAAAAUUCGACAAAUACUGGGAUGAUUACAGUGAUAUACUUUCAAUUGCUGCUGUCUUGGAUCCAAAGUUGAAGUUCAAGUGCUUAGAGUACUGUUAUAACACUCUAAACCCAGUAACAAGCAAGGCUAAAAUAGAUUGUAUCCGUAAGAAGAUGGAAAAGCUGUUUAGAGUGUAUAAGAAGAAUACUAAGACCACUACUACAACAGCUUCAGAAACCACAUUGAAGAAUAGCUUACCAUCUGGUUAUGGUGGGUUUUAUGCAUUAAUUACUCAAAAUGCAGGAGAAGGAAAAACAGCUUUAGAUGUGUACUUGGCUGAACCGGUCAUGGAUACGGUUGCCUUUCCGAAACUAAAUGUCUUAAAAUACUGGAAAAACAAUAAAGCUCGGUUUAAGGAGUUGUCUCGUAUGGCGUUUGAUGUGCUUUGUAUUCCCAUUACAACUGUAUCUUCAGAGUUGUCUUUUAGUGCUGGAAGCUGGGUCCUUACCAGGUACAGGAGCCGACUACUACCAUCCAAUGUGCAAGCUCUCAUCUGUACAAGAAACUGGCUCCGUGGGUUUGAACCGAUGAGUAAGUUAUCUCAUCUAGAUUUAUUCAUGUCAUGA